GAGGCUGUUAUUUGAGUUUCUCUAGCGACGUACUUUCAUUCAGUGAUGUUAUCAUUGUGUGUCGCCGCCUCAUGCUUUGUAGUCACAUUUUAAGUGAUUUUCGCCGACCACCAGACCUUGGGGACGAUGUCUUUUCCAGGGCCAGGCCAUGAACGAGCUAACCGGAAACAGCUAUUAGAGCAAUUAGAAGAGAAAAAGAAACUACUUCGUAUGCAGGCUCAACAUAACCAAGGCAGCAGCAGCAGUAGUAGUAGUAGUAGCAGCAGCAGCAGCAGCAAUUCGUGUAAUCCAGGAAGCCCACUAACCAUACCAUCAGCACCCAGUACUCCAACAAACAAUGGAAAUGCUUCCACCAGCAUACUACCUCCAGUUGUCAAUCCCACCAUGCCUCCUACCCCAGUAAACGUCUCCAGUGUGCCUGGAAGUGUUGGUCGGGAAGUCAAUCGUGUCGUUGUGAACCCUUUGACAGCUUCUUCGAGCUAUGAUGCUGCUCCAAUGACUCCAGCUCAGAGGGCUGCACUACAGCAAUUUCAGGGGAGGGGCUAAAUCAAUUACACCAAC